AUGACAAAAGAACAUCAGGCCAAUAUGGAUAAAGUGAAUCAAGCGGUUUCUGAUUCGACUGCUAUGUGCAAAGGGGUGAUUGACAAGGUUCGCACUGAUCUGCAAACGGAUAACAUUGAGCUUCGGACAUCAAUUUCUUCCACAAUUGAUAAGCUUCGUGCAGAUCUUGCAGUUGAAAACGGUAUUAUGGAUGAACUUAUUGUCAACAACGAAAGUCCAAGUUCAAGCUUCCAAACUCGCCCACACAAACAAAGAGAUCAAGGAGAUUAA